GACUUUAAGAUCCAUCCUCUACUGAACAGGUUGUUAAGGUUGGUGAUUUUGGGGUUGCGAGAGUGCAGGUUCAAACUGGGGUGAUGACUGCAGAAACUGGAACAUAUAGAUGGAUGGCUCCUGAGGUAAUUGAACACAAACCAUACGACCACAAGGCCGAUGUUUUCAGCUUUGGUAUAGUGCUGUGGGAACUUCUGACUGGAGAAAUUCCAUAUGCGUACUUAACACCAUUACAAGCAGCAAUAGGUGUGGUGCAACAGGGUCUACGGCCAACAAUUCCUAAGGACACUCAUCCAAAGCUUGCUGAACUUCUUGAGAAAUGCUGGCAGCAAGACCCAACUCAAAGACCUGAUUUCUCGGAGAUUUUGGAUAUGCUGCAGCAUCUAACUAGGGAGGUCGGAGGUGAUGGAGAGGACAAACAGAAGGACAAAUCAAUUGGUAGCUUUUUCUCAGCUCUUAGAAAGGGCCAUCACUGAGAUUUUGUUGAAGAGAGGAAGGUGCUUGGCCUUCUGCUUUUGUUUGGUGUACCGAUUCUCAGAUCCGAUUAGUUUUUGAAAAUCAUGGUUUUUAUCCAAUGUUGCUUGGCAUUCAUUUACUAUUCCUAAUUUAGUGAGGGGCGCAAGCUGGUGAGGAAAGCUUUAGCAACUCUGUACAGAAUUCCUGUGAAUUCGCAAAUUCUGAUUGCUAAUCCUUUUUGUACGUUUCUUAUUGAGAAUUUCUCUCUUUUCAACU